AUGGCGGGCCAGUUCCGCAGCUACGUGUGGGACCCGUUGCUGAUCCUGUCGCAGAUCGUGCUCAUGCAGACGGUCUACUACGGCUCACUGGGCCUGUGGCUGGCGCUAGUGGACGCGCUGGUACGCAGCACCCCGUCCCUGGACCAGAUGUUCGACGCGGAGAUCCUGGGCUUUUCCACCCCGCCAGGCCGGCUCUCAAUGAUGUCCUUCGUCCUCAACGCCCUCACCUGUGCCCUGGGCUUGCUGUACUUCAUCCGGCGAGGGAAGCAGUGCCUGGAUUUCACUGUCACUGUGCAUUUCUUUCACCUCCUGGGCUGCUGGUUCUACAGCUCCCGUUUCCCCUCGGCGUUGACCUGGUGGCUGGUCCAAGCUGUGUGCAUUGCACUCAUGGCCGUCAUCGGGGAGUACCUGUGCAUGCGGACGGAGCUCAAGGAGAUACCCCUCAGCUCGGCCCCUAAAUCCAAUGUCUAGAGUUGGGCCCUUUGGACACUCUGCUGGCACUUGGGCCCCAUUGCCUGGGGCUGCUCAGACCUCCAGAUGCGGUCUGGCCCAAGUCUGAGAGGAACCCUGGAAAUGUGAAGUCUGUUGGAGAGAUAGUGAGGCCCCGUCAUAAAGGCAGGUAGCAGCCAUGAUCACAGAGGCAAGGAUGGCCUCUCCCUGCCAAAGCCUUGAUAUCUGAAGGCCAGUAAGGGACCUCAUGGAGGGUAGUGACAGAUUUGGAACCAUGUCACAUGAGCCAUCAUACUGUCACCAGCCUGUUAUUUUAAAAAGAAAAAAAAAAUCAAGGAUAUCUGAUUGGAAUAAACCACUCUUCUCGUUGUCUGUCUUACGCCCUGUGACAGCUGGUACCUUUGCCAUGUUGCCAAACCACAGGGAGUCUGUGUGGAGGAAAUUUGAUUUCUGGAUCCAUAGGCACAGAAAAAGAUGUAGGUAUGAAGUGCUAGGCUGCUGACAGAGGACGGCAGAAAGCACAAGAAAGAGGGAGCACAAGAAAACUGCAUGGCUGUGCCCUGUUAGACACACACACUCACUUGUGUGUGUGUUUGUAUGUGUGUGUGUGUGUGUCCAAGAACCCAUGACUGACUUCCUCCAGUUCCCUGUAUGGACUCUGCCUUGCUGCUGAUUCUCAGACAGCAGGUCACAGGACAGAGAAGAUGGCAGCAUCCCUCCCAGCUUAGCUUCAUAAUAGCCACGGUCUGCGCUCUAGAAAUGACCAGGCAGCCAGCUUCUGGACCUCAGUUGUGGCAAGAGUUUCUGUUUGCUGUCUCUUUUGAGUUCUGUGAAGGGGAGGGCAUUUUAAUGGUGCUGGAGGCUCUGCUAAGGCCUGAGCUUGCUUCCGAGUGGUUUCCUCUGAGGGCCAGCAGCUCUCCUUCCCAGGCACAUAAAUACACGAUUUUCCACA